AUGUACGGGGCGGCAGGGCCCCCGGCGCGAAGCGCCUCGGCUCCUGUGAUCCGCUCUUUGCGGCGGCUACCACCGCCGACUACGGGGGUGUCUUUUAUGAAUAAUCAAAAGCAGCAAAAGCCAACGCUAUCAGGCCAGCGUUUUAAAACUAGAAAAAGAGAUGAAAAAGAGAGGUUUGACCCUACUCAGUUUCAAGACUGUAUUAUUCAAGGCUUAACUGAAACUGGUACUGAUUUAGAAGCAGUAGCUAAGUUUCUUGAUGCUUCUGGAGCAAAACUUGACUACCGCCGAUAUGCAGAAACACUCUUUGACAUUCUGGUGGCUGGUGGAAUGCUGGCCCCAGGUGGUACACUGGCAGAUGACAUGAUGCGUACAGAUGUCUGUGUGUUUGCAGCACAAGAAGACCUAGAGACCAUGCAAGCAUUUGCUCAGGUGUUUAACAAGUUAAUCAGGCGCUACAAAUACCUGGAGAAAGGUUUUGAAGAUGAAGUUAAAAAGUUGCUGCUGUUCUUAAAGGGUUUUUCCGAGUCGGAGAGGAACAAGCUGGCGAUGUUGACUGGUGUUCUUCUGGCUAAUGGAACACUUAAUGCAUCUAUUCUUAAUAGCCUUUAUAAUGAGAAUUUGGUUAAAGAAGGGGUUUCAGCAGCUUUUGCUGUAAAGCUCUUUAAAUCAUGGAUAAAUGAAAAAGAUAUCAAUGCAGUAGCUGCAAGUCUUCGGAAAGUCAGCAUGGAUAACAGAUUGAUGGAACUUUUUCCUGCCAAUAAACAAAGCGUUGAACAUUUCACAAAGUACUUCACUGAAGCAGGCUUGAAAGAGCUUUCAGAAUAUGUUCGGAAUCAGCAAACCAUAGGAGCUCGUAAGGAACUCCAGAAAGAACUUCAGGAACAGAUGUCUCGUGGUGAUCCAUUUAAGGAUAUAAUUUUAUAUGUCAAGGAAGAGAUGAAAAAAAACAACAUACCAGAACCAGUUGUCAUUGGAAUAAUCUGGUCAAGUGUAAUGAGUACUGUGGAAUGGAACAAAAAAGAGGAGCUUGUAGCAGAGCAAGCCAUCAAGCACUUGAAGCAAUACAGCCCUCUACUUGCUGCCUUCACUACUCAAGGUCAGUCAGAACUGACACUGUUACUGAAGAUUCAGGAGUACUGCUAUGACAACAUUCAUUUCAUGAAAGCCUUCCAGAAAAUAGUGGUGCUUUUUUAUAAAGCUGAAGUCCUGAGUGAAGAGCCCAUUCUGAAGUGGUAUAAAGAUGCACAUGUUGCAAAGGGGAAAAGUGUCUUCCUGGAGCAAAUGAAAAAGUUUGUGGAGUGGCUCAAAAAUGCUGAAGAAGAAUCUGAGUCUGAAGCUGAAGAAGGUGACUGA